UUUAAUUGACUGUCUGUCUAGGUUUUAUUUAUGCGUCUUUUUUUUUCCAUUUGUCUUUAUCAAGGUGGUUAUGCAACUAUUCGAUAUUUGAAUACAAAAUUACAGUCAAUGUUGAGUGAACAAGAAAAAAUGGUACAAGAAUGCAAAAAACAGUUGUAUUAUAAUCAUAAUCGUGAAAUAUCUUUGAAAACAAGUAAGAACAAGCACAUAGGUUCUAAUGUUUUAGCUUUGACUUCAAAUUUUCUUCAUUAAAAAAAAAUAGGUGCUGAUAUAUUUUCACAAGUAUGUAUCGAUCUUAAUCGAACAUUUCAAUGUGAAACAAUACUCCAUCAACUAUCGAUCACAUCUGAGUAAGUUAUGGGGAAUCGUUUUAAAGAUCUAAUAGUCACUGUGGAGAAACGAUCAUAUAAAUUAAAUAAUUGUUACUAUUUUUAGUUCAACGACAAAACGUGAAUUAUGGGAACAACUUCGUAAUGAAUGUUUUUCUCGUUUAAUUACGUAUUGUUACAGUUCAAGUUUCAUACUUUCAUUAACUGAAUUAGUUAUAAGUGCACUAAGCGGAAGAUUGUAUUCUCAAUCACAACAACAGACACCGUUAUCAGUCACCACAACAAAAUCGGCGUAUGCAGAGUCAUCACAAAAUCAUUUCAUUUUAUCACGCGACACGCAAAUGGCGUGUCUUGAUGUUAUUCGUUAUACUACAAAAGAUGGAUUGAAUCUAUUGAUUGAAGACGUUCGAAAAGCAACUCAAUUGAUUUUUUCACGAAUAACGUUACAACAAACACUCGAUAUUGAGGACUUGAUAUGGUAUUGCAGUGAAAUUCGUCAUCAUCUCGAGAGAAAGUCAACAGUCAUUUAUUCGAAACAACAACAAACUGGUGUUCAUCCAUUUAUGAAAUAUGUUCGAUCAUUACCACCGUUAAGAAAACAGCCAAUUCAAGUACCACAGUCAAACGAAACGGUGUCAUUUUCAUUAGCCAAUAUUGUAUCAAACGCAACGUCAUUUUUCACAACUCAAAAACAGCGUCCACCACCACCAACUCUAUUCAAUGUUCAACAACAAUUUGAACUCGAGUAUACCGAAAUGAUUGAAAGGUGGAUUGAAACAUUUCAUCAAGUUUUAACUCAAGUCGUUGAGCAAAGUUUUUCUUCCAUCUAUGAUGAAUUUGCACGUGAAAUAGCAACAGUGGCACCAUCAUCAACGAAUACGGAUUACAAUAUUGGUCAUCAAUUAAAUCCUCAAUUACCAUUGGCAAAAUUGAUACCUAUUUGUGACAAGAUAUAUAAACAAUUUUCAAGCAAUCAAGAACAGUUAACCAUACAUUUUCAGAAUUUAGCAUGUCGAAAAGAAUUACACGAUUACACACGAUAUGUCUAUGAUUUGUUUUCAAAUGAAACAGAUCAAUCACCUAGUCGAACAGCUUAUUCUCUACUUCCAACACUACCUUCAACUACACAGUUCUAUAAUAGUAACUCAGGGUCUAAUUUUGAUUUAACAACAUUAAUCAGCCAUUUCAAUCAUGAUAUAAGACAAUUAUUGUCAUUAAUACCCAUAAACUCCUACACACACACAUACACACACGCCCAUACACAGAUGAUUAUACUGGAUGAUAUUAAAGAUCGUUUACAUCUUAAAUUACUUUUUUUUUGUCUUUUCUUGGUUUCCAAUAAUGAAACAAUGGUGAACGAUCGAGAUAUACCUUUAGCCACCGCUGAUAAUAAUAGCAUUGAUUAUUCAGAUGGGAGUUAUAAUCAAAAUCAAAAUAAAUAUCAACAAAAUGGAAACUCAUCUUCUUUAAUCUGUGCAAAUGAAUUGUCACAAAAUAACGGCAUCACAACUCAUCAAGAUACUUCUGAAAAUCCUAGUCAUUCAAAUAAUGUAACUACAAUUGCUACAAUAACACCAGUGACAACAACCGAUAGGAUAACAACGACAGAUGAAGAUCUAACGAAUGGUAAUGCAAUGGUUCAAUUAAGUAAUAAUAAUGAAAUACAACAAAAUGAAGAAGACGGCGGCAGAGAAGGAGGAGGAGAAAGUCAAGAUGAAUUUAUAAGAAUAACAGGUGCUCAUCAAACAUUAAUUGAAGCUCAACAAUAUGAACGUGAAAAAAAUUAUCCAUUAGCAUUACAAGUUUAUCGUAUAUGUGUUGAUUUAUUAUUAGAAGAACUAAUGUUUACAGAAGGUACAGAUAAAUCGAGAGUAUUUCUAAGAGAAAAAUGUACUGCUAUUAUGGACAAAGUUGAUGAAUUAAAAAAACUAUUAGAUCCAAUUGAACUUGAACAACCAUUAUCAUUAGAACAUGAACGAGAACAACCAUUAUCAUUAGAACAUGAACGAGAACAACCAUUAUCAUUAGAACAUGAACAUGCUCAUGAUGAUAGAGAACAAAUUGUCGAUCACUUACAAACAAUACAACUUGAUCAAAAACAAAAUAAUGAUCAACAGCAAUAA